UUCUUCCCUCUCGUUCGAUUUGAGGGAGAGAGAGAGAGAGAGAUAAGCUUUUUCAGUUUUUUGCAUCUUUUUUGUUCUUCUCUCUCUCGUCGUCCUCAAUGCUUCCAUUUCAAUCAUCCUCUUCCUCCUCUUGAUUGACUUCUUCUUCUCUUUUGCUGCGCGAGAGAGAGAAAGAAUCAACCUUUUAGAGGAAGCAAGGACUUAUCAUCGUCUGUCUAAUCCAUCUCUCAUGGACACAGCCUUGACCUCUGAAACAGGCUGUGCCCUUAUGGCCGAGAAAGGAUUCACGGUGGAUCCUUUUUUGGUUGAGGCUCUUCAGAAUCCUCGACAUCGUCUCACCAUUUUGAGGAUGGAACUUGAUGUUCAGAAGUUCUUGCAGAACCCUGAUGAGCAGCAAUUCGAGUUCCAGUAUUUCCCGACAUCAUAUCUCCGUCUUGCAGCUCAUCGCGUUGCUAACCACUAUGGACUAGUUACAUCAGUUCGAGAUGUUGGUGCAGAUGGUAACAUGAGCAGGAUUCUCGUGACUAAAUCAACUGAUAGUAGGUUUCCUGCUGUUCGACUAUCUGAAAUCCCAGCUAAACAAUCAGAAACUGGUAAGUUUGAGCACAUGAAAGUUGCUAUAAAGACCCGACCUUCUAAAGGAUCUGGAAUGGAAGGUGGUGAUUUGGGAAAGCAAGGUGGUCUUCCGAGAAGUGUUGAAGAGAAGAAAGAAGACUAUGACAGGGCACGAGAACGUAUAUUUAACGGUCUUGCUAACCUUAAUUGUAACGAUUCUCCAUCUGAAACUAAUCCUUGGAAGGUGAAUUGUAGUCCUAUCAGAGAUGAUGAAAAUCAAGUGUUGAAGAGUGGUAACCUCGAGGCAGAGAAAAAUCAUUUCCCUAGGGAGAGCAUUCCUGCAUCUCGUAUUGCAGUUCUCAGAGACAGAGAGAAAGACCGGUAUGACCCUGACUAUGACCGGAGCUAUCAAAGGUACAUUAGGAACCUCCCAGUAGACCAAAAUUUCUGCUUGCCACACUUCAACAUUCAGAAUAUAGGGGCGCCAUGUUAUGAUAUGGGAUAUAGCGGGUAUAGUCAAAACACAAGUGCUCCUACAUCUCUCAACUUGGGUCAACACUCUGUCAUGAGCCCCUAUGUGACCACGGGUUUAAACCAGCCUUCGAUGAAUGCUGCUAUGUACAUGCAAUGGCCAAAUGCAGCAGCUGUGAUGUAUACUCAUUCUUAUGAACACUUCAGAAACGCACCUUUACAGGGGCAGUUCUAUCCGCAUCCGCAACCCCUUAGCUUCGAUUACAUGCAGAACCGGUAAUUGCUUUUUUCGUCAAGGCUUAACGAUUUGUGUAAUCCAAAAUUUUGAAACAGUUUGUAUGUCUAAGAUAGAACAAUCAGAAACCUUUUGAUUAGUGUCAUUGCCUUGCCUUUUCUUUU